UGGGAAUUGAUAGUUGGUGGGGAGCUGUGAAAGAUUGCAAACGAGCGAGCGAGGGAGGAAGGAAGGAAGAAGGGAGGGUGGUAGGUGGGGGAGUGUCUCUCUGUUCCGCCUUGGAAUUUAAAUCUACGGGAUCGUAUUUGAAGACGGGGAUCUCCUCGGUGUUACUACAGCUCUGCAUUUCACGCCCCAGACGAAAGCCAUGUCCGAGGAGCUCGCUUCUCUGCCCUGGUCCAUCAAUAAAGAUGACUACGAGCUGCAGGAGGUGAUAGGAAGUGGAGCUACUGCAGUAGUGCAAGCAGCAAUGUGUAUACCUAAGAAGGAGAAGGUGGCAAUCAAAAGAAUUAAUUUGGAAAAAUGCCAGACCAGCAUGGAUGAACUUUUGAAAGAGAUCCAAGCAAUGAGUCAGUGUCACCAUCCUAAUAUUGUUUCCUACUACACCUCUUUUGUGGUGAAGGAUGAACUGUGGCUUGUGAUGAAGUUACUAAGUGGUGGAUCUGUGCUAGAUAUUAUCAAGCAUAUUAUUUCCAGAGGUGAGCAUAAGAAUGGAGUCCUGGAUGAGCCAAGUAUAGCUACUAUUCUGAAGGAGGUCUUGGAAGGUUUAGAGUAUCUUCAUAAAAAUGGACAAAUUCACAGAGAUGUGAAAGCUGGUAAUAUUCUUCUCGGAGAAGAUGGCUCAGUGCAAAUUGCAGACUUUGGUGUUAGUGCCUUCUUAGCCACAGGUGGAGAUAUUACAAGAAAUAAAGUCAGAAAAACCUUUGUAGGAACCCCUUGUUGGAUGGCUCCAGAGGUCAUGGAACAGGUUAGAGGAUAUGACUUCAAAGCUGAUAUUUGGAGUUUUGGGAUAACAGCUAUUGAACUGGCAACAGGUGCAGCCCCAUACCACAAAUAUCCUCCUAUGAAGGUUUUAAUGUUAACUCUUCAGAAUGAUCCACCAUGUCUAGAAACAGGCGUGCAGGAUAAAGAGACGGUGAAGAAAUAUGGCAAGUCAUUUAGAAAGAUGGUCUCACUCUGUCUCCAGAAAGACCCAGAGAAAAGGCCAACAGCAGCAGAACUUUUGAAAAAUAAAUUCUUUCAAAAAGCAAAGAAUAAAGAAUUUUUACAAGAGAAGCUGCUUCAGAAGGCACCUACAAUCACAGAGAGGUCAAAAAAGGUGCGCCGGGUGCCAGGAUCAAGUGGUCGACUACACAAGACUGUAGAUGGAGAGUGGGAGUGGAGUGAUGAUGAACUUGAUGAAGAGAGUGAGGAAGGAAAGGCUGCAGUGGCUCAGUUGCGAUCACCAAGAGUCAAAGAAGCUUCACAAAACUCUGAGGUUUUUCCAUCAUCAGAUACUAGUGGUCACCUUCAGCCUCCAGGACAGGUUCCUUGUCAGCUACCUCAAGCUCCUGCACAAAUUCCAGCAGCAGCUGUUCCACAGGCUCCCCAGGCUUCUGUUCCUGUACCUAGUCAGCCAGCACCUCCAUUGGCUACUCAGGUUCCAUCAGCACCUGUUCCUACUAAUGUGCCUGUAGACGACUUAUCAAAAACAACCAUCAGUCUGGUAUUAAGGUUAAGAAAUUUGAAGAAGGAAUUAAAUGAUAUAAGAUUUGAAUUUAUGCCAGGAAGAGAUACAGCUGAUGGUGUUUCUCAAGAGCUUGUGUCAGCAGGACUUGUUGAUGGGCGAGAUGUAGUAAUAGUUGCUGCUAACUUGCAGAAGAUUGUGGAUGAGCCUCAAACAAAUCGAUCAGUAACUUUUAAACUGGCUUCUGGUGUUGAAGGCUCAGAAAUUCCAGAUGAUGUAAAACUUGUGGGAUUUGCACAACUCAGCAUUAGUUAAUUUUUUUUCUGCCAAGGACCUGAAAUUUCUGGAAAAAAAUAAUAAAACUGCACUUUCGUGCAUAUUCCUUAAUUUUGUUGGCCUAUUGAAACCACUACUGCCAAAGAAAUUUAAAGAGCCACCACCCCAUAGGAUUGAAAACAAUGCUUUAUGACUAGGAUUAUGCUUUUAAACUGCAGUUUAUAGGAAGUAAAGUUAAACGUUUACAGUGUAUUGUAUGUAUGAUGCAAAGCAAUCACCAACAUCUCAACCCAUCAAAAGCUUUUUUCAAGUUUGCUCAGAAUUUAGAAAUGCGUUUAUAUCAACAUGAACAAAAGCCUGCAAGUCCUGGUAAUUUAAUAAUGCCUUAUCUAAAACAGUACUACUGAGUAAUCAUCUGGGAUAUCCCUAUUCUAGUAUUGACACUUAACUGUAGGAUGAAUGUGGUUUCAGUUACUAACAUCUAACAUUGCUUUCCAUACUGAAGCAAGACACUCCCUGGCAUGUUGGUAGCAUAUUUGUAAGACUAAGGCAGGGAGCCAAAACAGUUGGCAAAAAUCAACAUCUGUAUUAUACAUUAUACUUGAGGUGGGGUUUUUUUCUUCCUAUUUUGCCACUUUCAUUUAAAACUAAAUGUUAAAUAUUGACUCGCUUACAAUUUUUCAGGUUCUUGAAACAGUUUGUGUCCCACUGAACUCAUGUGUUUUACUACAGGAUUAAACAUGUAAGCUGUUUUUCUUAUGGGCCAUACAGAACACAUGGGAAUAAUGCAUUGAUGUCGACUAGUGAGCAUCUUGCACCUACUGUAGAGUCUGCUUAAUCACAAAAUACAUGGUACCAUAAAAGAAUCUCUUGUCUUCAGUAACGCAUGCUCAUGCUUUUUUGUGCUAAGGUUCCUGUCCUCUGUAAUAUAAAAGUUGGUUUCAAAGUUACCAGAUCAUGCUUUUCCUACUAAAACUUCAUUUUAUGGUAAUGUGGAAGUAUGUGGUCAAGAGGAAGCAUGUAUUAUAGUAGCAAGGGUUGGGUGGGUCUACCAAUAACUGUCAAUUAUUGUAGGUUAAUAUUUUAUGUUUUUAAUCUUUGCCCAAAUCUGUUUCCAGAAAUUUUCUCGAAAAUAAGAGUUGUAUGCAGACAAAUUACCAGCAAUGUGCUCUACAUUCAGUAGUGUAAACUCAAAAUACAAUGUGCAUUGCUGUUGUUAAUCAAAGUUUAUUAUAGAGCAAUUUAUUAGACUUUGUAAUCUACAUUAGUUGUAUUAACAAAUGCACAUGUUGAACAGCAACAAAGUAAAAUCUGCAAAUGAUGACAAGAAAAUGUUAAGAUUUAUUUUUUAAUUUCACAUAAUAUGAUUUUUUAUUUAUUUUUAUUUGGGUUAAACAGCUUAGUAACUGAAACCACAUUCAUUCAUUCUUACAAAUUGUAUACUGGUCUGUGGAAUUUAGUGGUGAUUUUCAAUUAAAAAUAUUUUUCUUUUUCUUUUUUUUUAAUGAAGAUUUAAAAUUAGGUAAGAGAAGGAUAGGAAGCCACAAAAAGUACUUGAUUGAGAACUUUACUACUUUACUAUGUAAAUAAUAAAAUUUGGUGUUGAUUUUUUUAUACUGGUGUUUCACACUUGGCCUUUGUAUCUAAAAUAAAAAUAACUUAGUGCUAUGUAUGGAUAAAUGGAAACAGUAAAAUAUGGAAUUUUCAAGGUUAUGUCUCACAGCACUUGCAGUAUAAUUUGGAAUUGUAAGGAUUCAGUUAAUUAAUAGAUAAAACAGACAACUAUAAUCUCUGACGUAUAAAGAAUCAUUGUUGCUUAAUACAUUAAGGUGUUUACAGGUACUGCCAAAUUAUGUGUUUAGCAGCAUUGCAGAAUGCUUUUACUGUAACUCUUCUGUUAUUUUUUUUUUUUUUUUUUUAAAGUUAUUUUUACAUGUACCUCAUUGGCAAGAGUGAACAUGAAAACGAAAUAGAUUUCCAGUGUUAAAAGGUAAUAUUAUAUUGAAUGUGUUUUUGGAUGUCACAUCAUUCAAUUAACUUACCUAUAUUCUCAUUAAAGUGUACAUUUCAUGUAGGAAAUGUUAUGAAAAUGUAAGAUUUUGCUUUAUUUCUUGGAAAAACGUAAUUCCUCCUGAGUGAUUACUGUUUAUGCACUAGAGUGCUUUUCAGGAGAUUAUUAAUGUACCACCAGUGCCAUAAGAGUUACUUUAUUUACCAACAUCCAUUUUCAAAAAUUGUGAAUAAACUGAACAAACUGGACUAUUUAUCAUAUUUGCCCCAUGACAUGACUAGUGCUUGUGCAGAAAGUUAAAGAGGUUAAAUCAGAAGAUCUCUCUUAUCCAUGUCACUGCUGCCUUGUUCAACAUAAUAUUCUUUUUUCUUUUUUUUUUUUUUUCUA